AUGAUCGACGAGGAGGAAAUGCCGAGAGAGGCACACUUACUGAACACGAUUUGGCAAUAUCGUGCCAAAACAGAUUUGGAAGGUUUCGUGAACAUGUGGCGUGCUCGUCUAGUAGGACGUGGAGAUACGCAAGAAUUCCCAUUGACUACGUUUUAG